ACACCUAUACCUCCCCCCGGAUACCAAACAAACGCGCAGAUCAACCUCGUAUAAAUAUUCUCGUUUGAGCCCCAAAAAUACAUCUCCCUUUUUGGAGGUUUUCUUUUUCUUCUUUAUUAUAUUCUCUGUCCUCUCGAAUUUCUUUCUCCUACUUAGGUUUAGGGUUUUGACUACAAUUUAGAUAUUUUCUAAUUUAGUUAACUUUUCUUUAAGUUAGGAUCUUUAAUUUGGAUUUUGUUUCGACCAAUCUAGGGUUUUUAUCAAUUUGGGGGUUUUGAAUCGUUUCUCCAUCGAGAGUUUCGAUUAGGGUUUUUUUUAUAAUCAAAUUGUGAUAUUUCAAUCGUUGUCGAUAAACAAUGCCUCCUAGAAUAGCGAAGAGAGGGGCUGCGUCAGCAGGCCCAAAGAGGACGCCGAGGUUCACUAGAGGGUCAUCCAAAUCCCAGAAUCCACAAUCGGAGCCCGCAGAGGAGGCUUCUUUUCCGGUUGUGGUAGUGAGGGAGGAGGAAGAAGAGAAGGUCGUGCUGGACGGUAAGUUUGGUAAGAAGGCAAUUGGGGAGCAACAAGCGGUGAUCGAGGAGAAAAGGGUUGUCAUGGAGGAAAACGACGGAUUAAAUUUGAAUUCCAAUGGGUCGGUUGUGACGAAGAGUGAUUGUUUCUUGAUUGGCCUGGAUUACUCUACCCUCUUAUUCAUCGCAGAGGAGAAUGAGUUGAAGGAGUCUAUUGAGGAGUAUGAAAAAGAUGAGCGGUUAGAAUUGGAUGAUAAUGAACCUGAAUAUGAACCUGAAGAAUAUGGUGGGGUGGAUUAUGAUGAGAAGGAGAUGGAUCCAGAUGAGGUGGGUGAUGAAGUAGAGGAAGAGCUUGAUGAGGAGCAGGAUGGUGAGGAGGAAGAGGGUGAUCUGUCAGAUGAUGAAGAUGUUCAUGAAGUAGAAGUAGAAGGUGAUGAUGAUGAUGAUGAUGAUGAUGAUGAGCAUGCUGCGGAGGAAGUGGAGCAUGCAGAUUUGGAUGAUGCAGCAGAGCAUGAGGAGCGACAUGAAGUUGUUCAAGAGAGACGCAAGCGUAAAGAGUUUGAAGUGUUUGUUGGGGGUUUAGACAAGGAUGCUACUGAGGAUGAUAUUAGGAAAGUCUUCAGCCAAGUUGGUGAAGUUGUUGAAGUCAGGCUGAUGAUGAAUUCUCAAACAAAGAAGAACAAGGGGUUUGCAUUCUUGCGCUUUGCAAUGGUAGAACAAGCAAAACGAGCAUUUACAGAACUUAAGAAUCCUGUGAUUAAUGGGAAACAGUGUGGUGUUACCCCAAGUCAAGACAGUGACACUCUUUUUCUGGGUAAUAUAUGUAGGACGUGGACAAAGGAAGCAUUGAAAGAGAAAUUGAAACAUUAUGGAGUUGACAAUGUUGAGGACUUAACAUUGGUAGAAGAUAGCAACAAUGAGGGAAUGAAUCGAGGUUUUGGAUUCUUGGAAUUCGCAUCUCGUUCAGAUGCAAUGGAUGCUUUUAGACGUCUUCAACGGAGAGAUGUUUUAUUUGGGGUUGAUAGGCCUGCGAAGGUUUCUUUUGCAGAUUCCUUCAUUGACCCAGGUGAUGAAAUCAUGGCGCAGGUUAGGACGAUAUUUAUUGAUUGCUUACCUCCUUCGUGGGAUGAGGAUCGUGUUGGGGAGCUAUUGAAGAAAUAUGGGGAGAUUGAAAAGAUUGAACUUGCCCGGAAUAUGCCAUCUGCUGACAGGAAGGAUUAUGGUUUUGUUACAUUUGAUACUCAUGAUGCUGCAGUCACAUGUGCUAAGAGCAUUAACAAUACUGAGUUGGGUGAAGGUGACAUCAAGGCUAAAGUCAGAGCCAGGUUGUCAAGACCGCAUCAGAGAGGCAGAGGUAAGUACAUUGGCCGUGAUGGUUUCAGGUCUGGGCACGGAUCUGGACGAGUUGUUAGGGGUUCAUGGGGUCGUCCUGCUCCACAUGGCUUCCCCCCUCGUGGAAUAAGAGGAACCAGUAGUCGUGCCCCUCCACCUAGUCUAAAGAGGCCUGUUGGGUUAAGAGAUAGACGUCCUAUUAUGUCUGCACCAGUUAGAGGCAGGCCUUUGGCUCCUCCCCCUUCUAGAUCCUAUGACAGAAGAGCACCGGUUGCACCAUACCCGAAGAGUAGUUUGAAGAGGGAAUAUAGUCGGCAUGAUGAGCUUCCUCCUCCAAGGAGCAGAGCUGUUGUAGAUUAUGGUUCUAGGGUUGUCCCCGAUAGACGGCCAUCAUAUAGAGAGGAGUAUUCUUCUCACACUUCUGGCUACUAUGAUUUGCCUAGAGGCACAUCUCGUACUGCAGCACGAAGACCUUAUGUGGAUGAUGCAUAUGCACAAAGGUUUGAAAGACCUCCUCCUAGUUCCCAUGAGGGGCGUGGCCGUGAUUAUGACGCUAUGUCUGGCUCAAAAAGGCCAUAUUUGGCGAUGGAUGAUGUCCCUCCGAGAUAUGCUGAUGCAGCUGUCAGGCAUUCAAGGGCUCGACUAGACUAUGAACUUGCUUGUGGUGCUCCUCCAUAUGUGGAUGCAUAUGGUGAUAGGCUUGGGAGAUCCAGUCUAGGAUAUGGUGGCAGCAGGAGUUCUAUGUCCAGUCAGGAUUCACAUGGGGUAUAUGGCAGUCGUCAGGGUAUGAGCUAUGGUGGAGGUUCUUUCAGCGGCAGUGAUGUUGGAGGAAUGUACUCAUCCUCUGGUUAUGGUGGUGAUUACAUGCCUAGGGGAUCUGAUCAGGUUGGUGGUAGCUCUUAUUCAUCCAUGUACUCAAGUCGUGGUAUGGGUGGCAGCAGUUACAUGGGUGGUGGUGGUGGCGGUGGCGGUGGCGGUGGUGGAGGUUCCAGGUCAUACUACUGAUGUAAGUCAAAUUGUUUUUUAUCCCAUUCCUUUUCAUGUUGUGCUCUUGGAAGUGCAAUAAUAUUUAGCAUUAGGGUAUUUUUAAUGGAGGUUUGGGCUCACUGAAGAAGUUGGUUUAUAUGUUCUUCUGAGAGGUGUAUUGGCAAGGAGAUAGCCAUAUUGUCACAAGUGAAUUUGUCUAUGGAACAGAUUUCAAUGACAAGGAUGCUGCUGUAGGAUGUGGACCAUUUGAAGCUUUUGGCCAUGGUAUUGUAUAGAAGCAUGCCAAGUAGCUAUAGCCUUCAUACAUUGUAGAAAAAGGUUUUGAGGCUACCGUUUUAUGUGAAAGAGGUGGUGUGCUGGUUCAAGCUGUUUUCUAGUUUCACAAACUGGUUAUUUGUGGGUAUUCAAGUUUAUGCUGUAAGGAAACACUUAUCUCAUUUAGAGAUGAAAACAGCAAGUGCUUAGAAUGUGCUGUGUAUGAACAAAAUUGUUUAUUUCUGUAUUUAAGAACUCCUCCCAAUGGAUGAUUUGGAAGCAUUUAUCACAUAUUUUAAUGGGCUGAGUAUUAAAGGAGAGAUUAAGGUUUAAUUUAUUUUUGGUUAUGGAUUUUGGAUAUUUUGCCAUACUGAACUCAUCAGGUAAGUGUUGAUUAAGAUAGAAACAAGGUAUUAACAUCUUUUCUUCAGCGUGAUAAGCAUGAAGAGUUCAAAUGGGUACCUAACUGAAGGCUAUAGGAAAUCACAGGAGAACAUUCUUGCAUAAGCAUAUUGCAUUUUGUGAAGGUGCUGCUUGUGAAGCCAUAUACAAGCCUGGAGGAAAUUAAUGGGCAUGCUUAACCUUGUCUCAUAAAGCUUGUAGACAAUAGACACAUACUUUUAACUUCUGGUUUUGCUUUGUUUUUCUUUGGGAAUUCCUGACUAAGAUGCAAUCGGAAGGUGGUCUUAACGAAGGAGAGGACAUGGUAUCUCUAAUACCUAAUGUGUUUGAUUUUUAGUCUGUCGCAUUUUUAGUGUUCUUGGUUGAUAUCUUUAGAAUAUUUCUUGUGUUUAAUUGCUGGUUUUCUGGUUAUGGGUUGGCCUGGUGGAGUAUGCUAGGAAAAGAUUUGAACUUUGGUUAUGACCAGCAGGAAAAUAAUAGUGUCUGACUGAAGGACCACUUCCAUAUGUUUCAACACUUGCUAUUUCUUUCCUGCCAGGUCAUUGUUUGAUUAAGCAACUCCUUAUGAAGCUGUUCUCCUACUUAAGUUGUUAUAUGGAUCUCAGG